AUGUCCCUUUAUUACAAUAUAGGCAAAGCUACGAGAGCAAAAACAGGUUCGCUCUUAUUCGCUUUCAAUGGGUUCAUACCAUUUGGAGUAUACGAUGACUACGGUGAAUGUUUUGAUUGUGGAAUGAAGAACACGGGUUUUAAUUGGUGUCGAACUU